AUGUCCUCCCCCGCGCCACUCCUCCGACCGCCGAUCCCUGGCGCCCGCUCUCAGAGUGGCAGCCGUACACCUCGCCUUGGGCUCUCCAUACCCCCAUCGCCUCAUGCACGGCCUAUCGUAAAUGGCACAAGUGAUGCGCAGACACUCGGCAGACCCGCCCCUCCGAAGCUACACUUGUCGACUCCUAUGGGCACCAAUCAGACCCCGCACGAAGGUCGUGCGCAGCCUAGGGGUCUGCCACCACUACAGAUUGGUCCUGGCCUUUCACCAGCGGGAGGCUCAAGCGAUGCGAGCGCGCAUUCGAGAUCCGGGAGCUUUGGCGAGGUCCCAGCAAAUGGUUCAGCUUCCUCAUUCAACGGGGCCCUCGGGUUCCCAGGCCUGCAGAGAGGCUCGGAUCCCAUCUCGGCGAUAUCCCACGGCGGAAGUGAUAGCGCUCCAUCCAUGGAGAGGGAGAGCAGCGGCCAGCCGCUGCCCGACUUGGAGCAAUUGGCUGCCGAAAAAGGGGCACCUCUGGAUGUGGAUGAUCUGGACGAUGUGGGCUUCAAAGCAGCUUCUGCAAAAGGCUUGAUCGAAGAGAAGGAUAAUUUAGGCGAGGGUGCUGGGGGCGCAGUAACCAAGUGCGUGCUCAGAGGUGGAACGAAGGUGUUUGCUCUCAAGAUCAUCACAACGAACCCAGACCCAGAUGUCAAGAAACAGAUCGUGCGCGAGCUCAACUUCAACCGCGAAUGCGCAAGUGAUCAUAUCUGCAAAUACUACGGUGCUUUUGUGGAUGACAGCACCGGAACCAUCAGCAUUGCCAUGGAAUUCUGCGAAGGUGGAUCCCUGGAUUCUGUAUACCGCGAAGUCAAGAAAUUGGGCGGUCGAACUGGCGAGAAGGUCCUCGGCAAAGUCGCAGAAGGCGUCCUCAACGGCCUCACCUACCUUCACGCGCGUCGCAUCAUCCAUCGUGACAUCAAGCCGAGCAACAUCCUUCUCUGUCGUAACGGACAAGUCAAGUUAUGCGACUUCGGUGUUUCCGGCGAGUUCGGUACCAAGGGAGACGCUAACACCUUCAUCGGAACGUCAUACUACAUGGCGCCUGAGCGGAUCACUGGCCAAAGCUACACCAUCACCAGUGACGUGUGGAGCUUGGGCGUCACAUUGUUAGAGGUAGCGCAACACAGGUUCCCGUUCCCCGCCGAUGGUACUGAAAUGAACCCUCGCGCUGGGCUCAUUGACUUGCUCACUUACAUUGUGCGACAACCGAUUCCGAAGCUCAAAGACGAACCAGAGAACGGCAUCCGGUGGUCCGAAAACUUCAAGUAUUUCAUCGAGUGCUGGUAG